AUGCCUUAGGAAACACUAAAGUUUUAGAAGGUGGAUUCACAUUGGAGAACUGUAAUGGAACAAUUUAGCAAGGAACCUAAUUUAUGGGAUGGAGUGGAUAGUGAUAAGAUGAAAAAUGAAUUUGAUUAAGAUAAUAAAGCUUUGGAUUAGAUUUAGAAAUCUUUAAGUGAGUAUUUAGAAACUAAACGUAAUUCUUUUCCAAGAUUUUACUUUUUGUCAGAUGAAGAAUUGUUAGAAAUUUUGGCAUAAACCAAAGAUCCUGAAACUGUAUAAAAGCAUAUUAAUAAAUGUUUUGAAGCCAUCAAUUUAUUGGAAUUUGUUAAUGGAUAAGAAGUAGUAGCAAUGAUUUCAGCUGAAAAAGAAAAAGUUCCUUUUUCAAAAGCCAUAAAUGUGAAUGAGGGAGAUAAAAAAGGAAAUGUUGAAAAAUGGUUAUGUGAAAUUGAAGCAGUUAUGAUUGAUACUCUUAAAAAGAUUAUGAAGGCAUCUCAUUUGGAUGUAGAUACUAAAAGAGUGGCUUGGGUUAGAAAAUGGCCAGCUUAAAUUGUAUUAGCUGUUAACAUGGUCAGAUGGACUAGGGGUAGUGAAACAUCAAUUAAUGAUAAGGAUAAUUCUCAUGGAGGAUUGGCAGGAUUCUUAUAAUAAUUAAUAAAUGAACUAAGAGAUAUAGUAGACCUAGUUAGAUAGGAUUUGUCUCCUUUAGAGAGAUUAACAUUGGGAGCUUUGGUAGUGUUGGAUGUCCAUGCUAGAGAUGUUAUCAGAUAGUUGGUGAAGAUUGGUUGCAAUGAUAUUAAUAAUUUCUAAUGGAUGGCAUAAUUAAGAUAUUAUUGGACUGAAUAAGUAAUGAAAUGCAACGUAAAAAUGAUAAACGCUGAUUUACUAUAUGGAUAUGAAUAUUUGGGUAAUAGCAUGAGAUUGGUUAUUACCCCUUUGACUGAUAGAUGUUAUCGUACUUUGAUGGGAGCAUUCCAUUUAUAAUAUGGAGGUGCACCUGAAGGUCCUGCAGGAACAGGAAAAACAGAAACAGUCAAAGAUUUAGCUAAGGCAUUGGCAGUCUAAUGUGUUGUGUUUAAUUGUUCUGAUGGUUUGAACUAUUUGGCUAUGAGUAAAUUCUUUAAAGGGUUGGCAAGUUCAGGAGCAUGGUGUUGUUUUGAUGAAUUCAAUCGUAUUGACUUAGAGGUGUUAUCAGUUAUAGCUUAGUAAGUACUUACUAUCUAGGAUGCUAUCAAACAAAAGAGACCAGAAUUUGAAUUUGAAGGAACUCCAAUAAAGCUUGUACCUUCCUGUGCUAUCAAUAUCACAAUGAAUCCAGGAUAUGCUGGAAGAUCUGAUUUACCUGACAACUUAAAAGCCUUAUUUAGACCAUGUGCUAUGAUGGUUCCAGAUUAUGCAUUGAUUUCUGAAAUAUAUUUAGCUUCUGUAGGAUUUUAAGAUGCAAAUAAUUUAGCUCGUAAAAUUGUAGCAUCACUCAGGUUAUCAUCCGAAUAGCUUUCAUCACAAGACCAUUAUGAUUUUGGUAUGAGAGCUUUGAAGGCUAUUUUGACAGCUGCAGGUAAUUUAAAAAGAGUCAUGAAUGAUAUUGAAGAUAUCAUCUGUUUAAGAGCACUGAUGGAUGUCAAUAUUCCAAAAUUCACAAUCAAUGAUGUACCUCUAUUCAAUUCCAUUACAUCUGAUCUAUUUCCAGGUAUUAAGUUACCAGAAUAAGAUUAUGGAGCAUUGGAAACAGCACUCAAAAAUGUAGCUUAGGAUAUAAAUAUUCAAGCAGAAAAAGGUUUUAUUGAAAAGUGCAUCCAAUUAUUUGACACCAUCAAUGUGCGUCAUGGUUUAAUGAUUGUAGGAUAGGCGUUUGCAGGAAAAUCUAAGGUUUUGGAAUGCUUGGGCAAAGCAAUGUCAUCAUUAAAUAAGAUACAAUCAUUUGUGAAUGUUGCUGUGCUUAAACUUAAUCCAAAAUCAAUUACUUCAGAUUAAUUAUAUGGUAAAUUGGAUCCGGAUACAAAAUCAUGGACUGAUGGAGUCAUAGCUAUUAUUAUGAGAUAGUGUGCAUAAGAUGCAGAAAUUGAAGAAAGAAAGUGGGUUGUAUUUGAUGGACCUGUUGAUGCAGUUUGGAUUGAAAAUAUGAAUACUGUAUUGGAUGAUAACAAGAAAUUAUGUUUGACAUCAGGUGAAAUCAUUAAGAUGACAAAUUGGAUGACCAUGAUGUUUGAAGUAGAAGAUCUAGCCGUUGCAUCUCCUGCCACUGUUAGUAGAUGUGGUAUGGUGUUUUUGGAGACAUAAUAAAUUGGAUGGUAUGCUUUAGUGAAAUCAUAUAUACAAACAAUUCCAGAGAAAUUUAUAGAACAUCAUUAUUUAGAUGAUUUGUUGAGAGUUUUGAUUGAUUGUUGCUAGGAAUGGCUGAGAAGGAAUGUGAAAAUGACUUUAGUCAAAAAUAUGUUACUCAUAUUGUAAACAUAUGUGCAGGAAUGGACAGAUAUGGAUGACAAGGCAUCGCAAAAAUAAAUUAAUCAUAAUGAAAUUAAAGAUAUCAUCUCAAAAGCGAUAUUAUUCUCAUGUGUUUGGAGUUUUGGAGCAGCAAUUGACGAAGUCUGUAGAAAACAAUUCAAUUAGUUUUUAAUUAAAUUGAUAUCAUCUGAAGAUGUUCAAGAUUCCUAUAAAUUACAAUUGUAGUAUAAAUUCUAACCAAUCUCAAUAAAUGCCAAAUUACCAGAUAAAGCUAAUCUAUUUGAUAUGGUUUAUGAUAGAAAUAAAAAUAAUUUCAUAAGUUGGACUCAAACCUAGCCACCAUUUAUAAUACCAAAAGGAUGCGAAUAUCAUGAUUUACUAAUUCCAACAAGUGAUUCAAUUAGAAAUAAUUACUUCCUUCAUUUAUGUGUGAAAAAUAAAAUACAUCUUCUUGUAUCUGGACCUACUGGUACUGGUAAAACAUCAAACAUUGUGAGUGAAAUCAAUAAAAAUUAUUUUAAUACAGAAUAUACAAAUUUGAUAACUGCAUUUUCAGGUUAAACUUUAGUGAAUUAAGUUCAAAAAACUAUAGAGGCUAAAGUUAAUUCGAGAAGAAGAAAGGGAUACUUUGGACCUGAAGAGGGUAAGAAGUAUAUUGUGAUUUUUAUUGAUGAUUUGAAUAUGCCAGCUAAAGAAAAAUAUGGCGCAUAACCUCCAAUAGAAUUGUUAAGACAAUGGAUGGAUACUGGAGGAUGGUAUGAUUUAGAAACAAAGGAGCCUAAAUAUCUUUAAGGAAUUACAUUUAUUGCAAGUAUGUUGCCUCCUACUGGAGGUAGAAAUGUAGUCAGCAUGAGAUAUUUAAGACACUAUGUCCUCUUAUAUGUAGAACCAUUCGAAGGAGAUUCAUUGCAAAGGAUAUUCUAGAAUGUUUUGGAAUGGUAUUAUGCUAGACAAACAAAUCCGUUUAUGAAAUCUAUUACAAAUCUUAGAGAUCAAACAGUUAAUGCUACACUUGACAUUUAUUAAUUAAUCUAAACUUGUAAAGAGCUUUUGCCUACUCCAGCUAAAUCUCAUUACAUUUACAAUCUUAGAGAUAUCAGUAAAGUUUUCCAAGGAAUUUCUAAAGGAAUAAUCAAAUCAUUCAGAGACGAAAACGAUUUCAUUAAAUUAUGGGCACAUGAAUGUCAACGUGUGUUUUAAGAUAGAUUGAUUAAUGAAGAUGAUUAAGGAACUUUUGAUAAGAUUCUAAAGGAAACCAUUCUGAAACACUUCAAGCGAGAUUGGAAACAACUAGUGUAAAUAGAACCACUCUUAUGGGCUUCAUUUGUUCCCACUCUCUAUCCUGAUGAUGAUAGAACAAAGAGACCUAUGACUGAUAUCUAUUGUGAAUUAACAGAUCGAGAGACACUUAAGAAAGUAUGUUAAGAAUAAUUAAAUGAAUACAAUUCUCAAUACACAAGCAAUAGAAUGGAAUUAGUGUUAUUUAUGAAUGCUAUUCAACAUGUGCUUAAAAUAGUGCGUGUUGUUAAUACCACAUUUGGUCAUGCAUUAUUGGUUGGAGUGGGAGGAUCUGGAAGAAAGAGUUUGGCUUAAUUGGCAUCAUUCAUAGCAUUCCAAAAUGAAACCUUGCAAGUUGACUCAAGAAAUUGGAUAGAAGAAUUGCAAAAGGUUAUGAAGAUGGGAGGAAUUGAUCAAAAAGAAUUUGUGUUUAUGUAUUCAGACACUUAGAUCAUCAAGGAAUCAAUGGUUGAGGAUAUUUGUAAUAUCUUGAAUAAUGGUGAGGUGCCUAAUCUAUUCCCUCCUGAAGAGAAGAGUAAAAUCAUUGAAGAAAUGAGCAGUUAUACUUCUGGUACACCGAAUGAAAAGUAUAGUUACUUCGUUAGGUAAUGUAAGAAGAAUUUGCAUCUUGUGAUUUGCAUGUCACCUGUUGGAGAGGCAUUCAGAAGAAGACUGCGUACUUUUCCAGCUUUGGUUAAUUGUACAACUAUUGAUUGGUUUUUGCCAUGGCCAGAAGAGGCUCUUAGAUCAACUGCUGAUGCAGUAUUUACAAGGGAUAUGAACAUUACUGAUACUAAAUUGAGAUAAGGUUUAGUGGAUAUUGCAGUCGAUAUGUAGAUGAGAGUGUCUGAUCUAACCAAAAGAUAUUAUAAUGAAUUAAGAAGAUAUUAUUAUGUUACUCCAACUUCUUAUUUGGAAUUGCUCAACACAUUUAAGAGACUGAAAUCAGAUAGAGAUCAAAAUAUGAUUAAAUAAAUAUCUCGUUAUGAGGCAGGUGUUGAUAAGAUUAUCAUUACCGAGAGUGAAGUAAGCAAAAUGUAGAAGGAGUUAGAAGAUUUAUAACCAAAAUUGGAAUAGGCUACUAAGGACAAUAGUAUAAUGUUAAUUAAUCUGUAAAAGAAAUAGAAAGAAGCCGAUGCAAGAAAAUAGGUUUGUCAAUAAGAAGAGAAAGAUUGUAAUGUGCAAAGAGAUGGGGCAAAUGCUUUAAGAAAUGAUUGUUAAAAUGAUCUCGAUAAAGUGUUACCUAUUCUGGCUUAAGCUGCUGAAGCAUUGGAAAAGAUUGAUAAAAAUGAUAUGGUUUAAUUGAAAUCAUUUCCUAAGCCUCCCCCUUCUGCAGCCAUUGUCAUGGAAGGAUUAUGUUACAUCUUUUAGGAAGAUCAAGAUGUGCCAUGGAAACCAAAAGAACCUGGUUCUAUGGAAAAAGUGUAAGAUUUUUGGGAGUAUUCUAAAAAGAAUCUUUUGAAUGAUAAGUUGAUUAAGAGAAUUAAGGAUUUCAGAGAUGACUCAAUCAGAUAAAUUCCUUAAGUAAAGAUCAAUAAAUUAAGAGCAUUCUCGUAAAACCCAUUGUUUUAGAAGGAUAAGGUGUUUAAUGCAUCUGUUGCAGCAGGUAAUCUCAGUUUAUGGGUCAGAGCAGUCGUAGAAACUUAUGAUGCUUUGUUGGUUGUGGAUCCCAAGAGAUAAUAAUUACUUGAAGCAGAAUCAAAAUUAAAGGAAGCCGAAGAAACACUAAGAGUUAAGUAAGAAGCAUUGUAAGAAGUGCUUGACAUGCUAGCCAAAUUAGAGGCAGAGUAUAAUAAGGCCAAGUAAGAAAAGGAAGACUUGGAGGCCAAGGUUAAUAAGUGUAAAAUCUAAUUGAGUAGGGCAGAAAAAUUGAUAACAGAAUUAGGAGGAGAAAAGGAGAGUUGGAAGAAGAAGGCUGCUGAUUUUAGAGUUGAUUCUAAAACAAUUGUUGGUGAUUGUAUCUUGUCAUCAGGAAUUGUGGCUUAUUUGGGAGCAUUUCCUAUUGCUUAUAGAGAUGAUACAAUAAAGGCAUGGCAAGGUUUAUUAGUUAAGUUGAAUUUGGAAUAUGAUCCAGAUUAUUCAUUACAAAAGAUUUUAUGUGAUCCAAUCACAAUGGGAUAAUGGACAAAUGUGCAGAAGUUACCAAAUGAUUCAUUUUCAAUUGACAAUGCAAUUAUCUUAAAAAAUUCUACAAGAUGGCCUUUGAUGAUUGAUCCUUAAACAUAAGCCAAUACAUGGGUUAAGCAUAUGGAGAUGAAACAUGGAGAGAACUAAUCUUUGGUGAUCGUGAGACCGACUUAAUCUUAGAAUGUAUUGUCUAAGACUUUGGAAAGUGCAUUGCAAUUUGGUUAAAGUGUACUAUUAGAAAAUGUUGGAGAGAGCAUAGAUGCUAUUUUUGAAUCGAUUUUACAACAAAAAAUAAUCAAGUAAGGCUCAGCUUAUAAAUUGAAAUUCGGAGAUAAGAUGGUUGAUUACUCAAAAGAUUUCAAGUUCUACAUGACAACCAAAUUAGCCAGACCUCAUUAUCCACCUGAAAUCUGUGUCAAGGUGACUAUGCUAAACUUCUAAGUUACUUAGGAGGGAUUAGAGGAUCAGAUGUUAAAUAUUGUUGUAAAGAUAGAGGAACCUGCUAAAGAUGAAUAAAGACAAAGAAAUAUUAAGGAGUUCUUUGAAAAUAAAAACAAAUAAAAGAUGACAGAAGAUAAUAUUUUGUAAUUGUUGCAAGAAUCUAAAGGUAAUCUAUUGGAUGAUGAAGUUUUAAUUGAUACUCUCUAAAGAUCGAAAGCAGAGUCAAUAACUAUUUAAGAUAAAUUGAAGAAGUAGGAAUAGGAUAGAGAAUAAUUCAAUCAGAUUCGUAAUUUCUACAGAGAAGUGGCUAAGAGAGUUGCUAAUUUAUAUUUUGUUGUGUUGGAUCUUUCAUUGAUUGAACCAACUUAUCAAUGGUCAUUAGAAUUCUAUAUUAUACUAUUUGAAAGAGCAAUCAGGGAAUCAAUUUAAGGAAAGGAGAAUAGAAGUAAAAAUAUAAUAGAUAAAUUUUAAAUAUCUCUCUAUGAGAGUAUCUGCAGAUCUCUUCUAGAGAAGGAUAAAUUAAUAUUCUCCUUCUUGAUGACAAUGAAAGUGAUGUAAAGUGAUGGCAAGAUUACUCCUUAAGAGAUUCGUUUUACUAUGGUGGGAGGAACCUACACAGAUCCCACAUACCAUCAUCCAUAAUAGGCAGAGUGGAUUUCUAAGAAGAUGUGGUGUUUAAUAACUGAAGCAGCUGAUGUGUUAGCUUGUUUCAAAGGGUUGCCUGAAUCAGUUACAAAGAAUCUUGAAGUUUGGCAGGAGAUAUAUGACAGCUCUGAACCGCAAACUUAAAAAUUGCCUGAACCUUGGGCUACAUCUUUAUCAGCCUUUUAAAAAUUAAUAAUAUUGAGAAUUAUUAGGCCGGAUAAAUUUGCUAAUGCAACUCAGAAUCUAAUCAUUACAGAAAUGGGUAAAUAAUUCAUGGAUCCUCCACCCUUUAAUCUUGAAUAUGCCUAUAAAGAUGCAGAUGCAUUCACACCCUUGAUUUUCAUUUUAUCACCUGGUGCAGAUCCUCGUUUGGAAAUACAAGCUUUGGCUGACAAAUUUGGAUUUAGGUAAAACUUUAUUCCACUCUCAUUGGGACAAGGAUAAGGGGAAAUAGCCACAAAUGCGAUUAAAGGAGCAGUAAAGGAUGGCAAAUGGGUAUUAUUAUAGAAUUGCCAUCUUGCUCCAUCAUUUAUGCCAGAAUUGGAGAGAAUUCAUGAAUAGGAAAUAUGUGCAAAACCAGAUGUCAAUACAGAUUUCAGAAUAUGGCUAACUUCAAUGCCAUCUAGUGUAUUUCCAGUUACUCUUUUGAUGAAAGGUAUUAAGAUGACUUAUGAACCGCCAAGAGGAUUAAAAAAUAAUAUGCUAAGAAACUUCUCAUCAAUUGAUAAUAAAAGUUUUGAAUAGUGCAAGAAACCUGUAGAAUGGAAAAAAUUAUUUUUCGGAUUAAACUUCUUCCAUGCUGUUUGUUUAGAGCGUCGUAAGUAUGGACCUCUUGGAUGGAAUAUUCCAUAUGAGUUUACGUCUGCAGAUCUAGCAAUCUCUGUAUCUUAAUUAAGAAAUUUUCUUGAUACUUUUGAGGAUAUCCCUUGGGAAGCUCUUAAUUAUAUGGUUGCUGAAGCUAAUUACGGAGGUAGAGUUACAGAUCCAAAAGAUAGAAGAUUAAUUGCCAUUUUACUUAAAUAAUUUUAUACAACUGAUGUAUUGUAGAUUGAUAGACAUAAAUUGAGUCCAAGUGGAACCUAUUACAUUCCUCCAAAUGGAGUUCUAGAAGAUUACAAGGAGUAUAUAAGAAACCUACCAUUGAAUGAUUAAACUGAGGUAUUUGGAUUACAUGAUAAUGCUGAAAUAUCAUCAGCAAUCAUCGAAACCAAUUUUAUUACUUCAACUAUAUUAUCAUUGCUUCCAAGAUCAACUGGAGGUGCGGGCACAUCUGCAGAAGAUCUUAUAAAAGAAAAGUGUAAAUAGAUUCUAGCUAAAUUGCCUAAGAGAUUCAAUGUUGAAGAGGCUGCUCGUAAACAUCCUGUUUAAUACAAUCAGAGUAUGAACACUGUAUUGCAAUAAGAAUUGAUUAGAUUCAAUAAAUUAUUAUAAGCAGUUACAUAAUCUUUGAUUGAUUUAGGCAAGGCAAUUGAUGGUUUGGUAGUGAUGAGUGCGGAUUUAGAAUAAGUUUUUAAUAAAGUGUUUGAUAAUCAAGUUCCUGAUAUUUGGCAUAAGGUGGCUUAUCCAUCACUUAAACCCUUAGGAUCCUGGAUUAAUGAUUUUAUUGAGAGGUUGCAUUUUAUGCAAUUAUGGAUCGACAACGGUGCCCCACCUACUUUCUGGGUUUCCGGAUUCUUUUUCACUUAGUCCUUUUUAACUGGCACACUAUAAAACUUUGCUAGGAGGUACUAAAUUCCAAUAGAUACGUUGUCCUUUGAAUUUAUUGUGAUCCCUCCUUCAUCAUAAGAGUAUGAUCUUACUAAACCCCCUGAAGAUGGAUGUUAUGUUUAUGGUUUAUUCCUUGAUGGAGCAAGAUGGGAUGAAGAAAACAGAUGUCUCAAUGAAAGUUUGCCUAAAAUUUUGUAAUACUCAGUACCAUAUCUCUGGUUAUUGCCAAGUGAGGAGAAAAAGGAUUGGGAUGCUGAUACAUCUGUUUAUGAAUGCCCUGUAUAUAAAACCUCAAGAAGAGCAGGAACACUAUCGACCACCGGUCAUUCUACAAACUUUGUUAUUUCUAUAUAUUUACCUAUAUCACCUGAUCAUCAUCCCUACCAUUGGGUCAAAAGAGGAGUGGCAAUUUUAUGCUAGACAGAUGAUUGA